UCGCACCUGGAGCCGAUGCUGGCGGAGGGGCUGAACAAGCGCCCCGUCGGUGCCAUCGCCGCCGACGUCGCCGCCAUGGGGUUCAACUGCGUCAGGCUCACCUGGCCGACCUUCAUGGUGACCAACGCCUCCUACUCAUCCCUCACCGUCGAGCAGUCCUUCCAGCGGCUCAACCUCACCGACUCGCUCGCCGGCGUCAGGGCGAACAACCCCGACGUCGUCGACAUGAAGCUCAUCGACGCGUUCAAGUCCGUGGUGAGCAGCCUUGGCGACAACAACUUGAUGGUGAUACUGGACAACCACGUGAGCAAGCCGGGGUGGUGCUGCUCGCCGAGCGACGGCAACGGGUUCUUCGGCGACGGCAACUUCAAGCCGGACGUGUGGGUGGACGGCCUCAGCAGGAUGGCCACCACGUUCGCCGGCGUCCCCAACGUCGUCGGCAUGAGCCUCAGGAACGAGCUCAGAGGCCCCAGGCAGAACUCCAACGACUGGUAUAAGUACAUGCAGCGCGGCGCUGAGGCGGUGCACGCGGCGAACCCGCGGGUGCUGGUCAUCCUCUCCGGCCUGAGCUUCGACAACGACCUGGCCUUCCUGGCCUCGCGGCAGGUGACCCUCAGCUUCGCGCGGAAGGCGGCGUUCGAGGUGCACUGGUACAGCUUCUCCAACGGCCAGGAGUGGGCGGCGGGGAACCCCAACGAGGUGUGCGCCCGCAUCGGCGCCAGCGUGUCCCGCCGCGCGCUCUACCUGCUCGACCAGGGCUGGCCGGUCAUCCUCAGCGAGUUCGGCGUCGACAACCGCGGCGGGAACGUCAACGACAACCGCUACUACGGCUGCGCCGCCGCCGUCGCCGCCGACCUCGACCUGGACUGGGCGCUCUGGACGCUGCAGGGGAGCUACUACCUCCGGGAGGGCGUGCUGGACCUCGACGAGGUCUACGGCGUGCUCGACCGGGCCUGGUCCGGGCCCCGCAACGCCACCGCGCUCCACAGGGUCCAGGCCCUGCAGCGCCCGCUCAGAGGGCCUGGCUACGCGGAAGCGGCGCCGUACGAGGUGCUGUUCCACCCGGCGACGGGGUUGUGCGUGGUGCGGCCGUCGCUGACGCGGCCGCUGGAGCUGGGGCCGUGCGGCGACACGGAAGCUUGGACGUACGCGCAGCAGGACGGGCGGCUGACGCUGCGGGACAGCCCGAUGCUGUGCCUCCACGCCGAGGGCGCCGGCCGGUCCGUGCGACUCGGCCUGCCGUGCACCGAUGACCGGUCCCACUGGCACCUCGUGUCGGACUCCAAGCUGCACAUCGCCGCCAACGUGUCCUCUUCGUCCGGCUCCGGAACCAGCAUGCUCUGCCUGGACGUCGGCGCGGACGGCCGGAGCGUGGUCACCAACCCGUGCCGGUGCCUGAGCGCGGACAGCAGCUGCGACCCGGAGAACCAGUGGUUCAAGCUGGUGACCAGCACCAGGAGCGUCGCCGCCAGGGAAAUGCUGCUCUCGCAGCUGCCCCUCAAGCUCCAGAGCACCAAGAUUCGCUCGCUUUGAUCACCACCAGUAGCCAGUAACCCCGAGAGAAUUGUACAUGGCACCGUACGUUGUAGUAGCUGCGAAGGCACAGGGAUA